AUGGAGCCCUGCCCACCAUCAAGAAGGUGCUGGAGAAGGGUGCCAAGUCCGUCGUCCUGGCCUCCCACCUUGGACGACCCGACGGCUCCGUCGUCUCGAAGUACUCCUUGGCGCCAGUGGCCAAGAUCCUGGAGGAGAAGCUGGGCAAGCCAGUGGCGGACCCAGGGUCGGGUCCGUAAGCUUGUAGGAAAUCCCUUUAUUAGUACUGCCAGCGCUAAUCCUGCCGCCCCAGCUGCGAGGCGUAUCAAGAUCGAGUGA